AUGACUUGUAAAGCUAUUAUUAUCGUUGGGGGGCCAUCUCGUGGUACACGUUUUCGACCACUUUCACUUGAUGUUCCAAAACCUUUAUUUCCAGUAGCGGGUUAUCCUAUUAUUUGGCAUCAUUUAGAAGCUUUAACUAAAGUAGAAGGUUUAAAAGAAGUGCUGUUGAUUGGUUUCUAUGAAGAUAAUGUUUUUCAAAAAUUUAUUGAUGAUGCAUCGAUAGACUUUCCUGGAAUUAACAUUAGAUACCUUCGAGAAUAUCAAUCGUUGGGAACAGCGGGAGGGAUCUAUCAUUUUCGAGAUGGAAUUCAACGUGAUAAACCAGAACAUGUUUUUGUGUUGAAUGCAGAUGUUGCAUGUGAUUUUCCAUUGGCCGAAAUGAUGAAAUUUCAUAAUACACAUCGAGCCAAACCAGAUAGUCACGAAGUCUUGCAUUAUGUUGAGAAACCGGAAAGCUUUAUUUCAGAUUUGAUUAGCUGUGGAAUUUAUUUAUUUGAUUGUGCUAUUUUUCUUGAGAUGAAAAAGGCAAUGGCAAAUAAAUCAAAUCAACUAGAUCAAAAUGUUUUUCAAGAACAUAACGAGAAACUCAGAUUGGAACAAGAUAUCAUUCGUCCAUUAGCAGAAUCUAAAAAGUUAUACGUCUAUGAGACAAAAGAGUUUUGGAGACAAAUAAAAACGCCAAGUUCUGCAGUUCCAGUGAAUGCGUCAUUUCUUAAAAAAUAUUUAAAAACCAAUCCAAACCUUUUAUUAAAAAACCAAGAAGGUGGACCUGAAAUACAUGGAUGUAUUGGACCGGAUGUUUCUAUUGGACCUCGAGUAGUUAUAGGAAAAGGAGUUCGUAUUAAGAAUUCGAUUAUUUUGGAUAAUGUGGAAAUCAAGGAUAAUAGUUGUAUUUUGAAUAGCAUCAUUGGAUGGGGAUCUAAGAUCGGCACUUGGGCACGCGUAGAGGGAACACAACAAGCCAAUGAUCAAAUAUCUAUUAUUCAAGAUGGUAUUGUAGUUCAAUCAAUUACUAUUCUUGCUCAAAAUACUAUUCUGCCUUCUACUACAACAAAUAUUGACGUAUGGCAUAUAAAUGAUACAUUGGACUUGAAGAAAAAAGAAAUAAUAAAACUUUUAGAACAAGAAAACUCACAGGAAAGUUUGGAGUCAUCAUCAUCAACAUCUAUCAAUUCCUCUUCCUCCACUUCUUCAACUUCUUUUACAACUAUGAACAAGGCAUCAUCUUCGUCUUCGUCUUCCACUCUACCCGAUUUACCUAAAGUUAAAAAUUUACCAAGAAGAAAUCGUAGUGUUUCAUUCAACAAAACUGUCACUUUUAUUCCUCACGUGCCACCUCCACCAGCUAAAAUUCGUAAGAAAAUAUCAAGAGAAGCUUCUUUAAAACAGAAAGAUGUCAUUGUUGAAAUUGAAGAUUUGGGUAAGGUUAGGGUAGAUGAAAUUUUUUCAGUAAUGUCAUCAUCUCACUUUGACCAGAAUAUACCUGAAGGACAUAUUCGUGAUGGAAAUACUGUUUUUUCAAAGAAAGAGCGAGCUGAAGAAGAACGAAAUGGAAAAAAUGAAACGUCUUCGUGA